AUGGCGAUCUUGAAAGAAGAGGUGUCUUAUUACAAUACGGUGUGCAAUUUCCUUCAAGGACAACCAGUGGUUUGGAACACCAGGCUCAGUGUUCGAUUGGAAGGAAUUGGAGCAGAAGACAUCGUGGACGGGAAAACAACCCAAGUUUUAGGACUUAUUUGGUCCAUCAUUCUUUCCUUUGGGAUCAAAAAGCCCCCGGAUUGUCCCGUAUCAGACUUUGCGACUGAUGAGGAGAAAGCUAAAAAAGCUUUGUUGAUAUGGGCCCAAAGUACAACAGAGGGGUAUAAUAUUCCGACGGUUGUUGACUUCACGAAUUCUUGGAGUGAUGGUUUGGCGUUUAAUUCCAUUAUCCAUCGAAAUAGGCCCGAUCUAAUCAACUGGAAUGAUUUGAUGGCUCAAACCCCAGUCAAACGUCUGGAAAACGUAUUCGCCUUGGCUAAGGAGAACUUUUCAGUGGAAAGACUCCUAGAUCCAGCAGAGGUCAAACUUGUGGUGGUGGUAGUCGUGGCUGUCACCCCCAACGCGCGGGCCUACGAUACUAUGCCAUUUUGGGUCAUAGGCCAGGCCAUCCACGACCUAAACCGCCAGGCCUACAAGACUAGUCGAGUGUGGUAG